AGCUACCUCCCCAGCAAAGAAUCAGCUGGCCAGGAUGAUGCCUGGAGGCUUAACUGACGCCAAACCUGCCACUCCAGAAAUUCAGAAGAUUGCUGAUAAGGUUAGACCACAACUUGAAGAAAAAACAAAUGAGACUUUUCAAGAAUUUGAAGCUGUAGAGUAUAAAACUCAAGUAGUAGCUGGGACAAAUUACUAUAUUAAGGUGUGUGUAGGCAAUAAUCGUUAUGUUCACUUGAAAGUAUUCGAACCUCUUCCUGGGCAAAAUCAGGAUUUGAUACUCUCUGGUUACCAGACUGAAAAAAGCAAGGACGAUGAGCUGACCGGCUUUUAGCAGCAUGUUCCAAAAGUUGUCCGACUCCUUCCACUGGCUACUAAUUAGUAAUCCUUGCUAUAAAAAUAACCACCAAUAAAG